ACUGCAUAAUCGAUUUUGGUGCAACAAUAAGACAGCUCAGUGCUCGUUCAAGGGGAUUCCAAGAACGGCCAAUCAAGUUACUGAAUGAAUACGGUUAGGUCAUCCUCUUUAAUGAUAAAACCCGCUCCAUAUGCCCUUAGCAUGCAUUUCUUCCAUGUGAAGGGCUUUUAACGACUGUUUUUGAAAAUUUACCUGUUUUGAGCAAGCUGGAAACAAAAAUGGAGCAAAGGAAACAAAGAGUUCUGAUUAUCGGAGGUGGGGUAUCAGGCCUCGUCUGCUUACGACAUCUUAUGCAUGUCUCUGAUGUUACGCUACUGGAAGGAAGAAGUUCAGUUGGUGGUCUAUGGGCAUAUCUGCAGGAAAAGAAUCCAAUUGAUCAGGCAAUUGGUGGAAAUAUAUUUCAGGAAAAAUACGGUUGCCAGUUCAGAAAUAUAUUCGACGAUCUUAUUUUGAACACACCAACUGUUUUCUCCCAUUUCAAGGAUUUUCCUGUGAGCGAAGAAAAGCCAGAGUUUCUAACUCGGGAAGAGUUCAACGAAUACUUGAAGGCUUACGUGGAGCAUUUUGAUCUCAUGUCAAAGGUGCGGCUUGAUGCCUUUGUUCUUGAAGUGAAGAGAGUUGAAAAAGCCGAGAAUGGAAGUACAUUCAUGGUUAAAAUCUGCAACAGCAUUAACAAAAAUCAGACAGAAGUUUUGUAUGCAGACUUUGUCGUAGUGGCAAAUGGUCAUAACAAUGUUCCAUAUUUACCAACAUGGAACGGAGUUGCUACUUUUCCAGGUCAAAUCAUUCAUAGCCAUGAUUUCAGGCGAUCUGAUGAUCCAGCGAUUGUUGGCAAAUCAAUUUUGGUGGUCGGUGCAAGCUUUUCGGGCUUGGAUAUGCUUGUACAGUUGUUUGGUCAUCAUUUGCGAGGAGAGGCUAACGUUAAAAAGGUUUAUUUCAGCGGAACAUUGGGGGAAAUCAAGAGCACCACUGAUUUUAAAAAGUACAUCGAAAAUGAAAAACUGUCUCUUAUUGACUCUAGAAUCGAAAGGAUCGACGGCUCUCAAGUAUUCUUCAAGAAUGGGGAGAAAAUUGAUGUUGAUUUGAUAAUUCCGUGCACUGGUUAUAAGUUUUCCUUUCCGUUUCUAAACAAAGAAGAUAAUUUGAUAACCAUGUCUGAUAACAACAUGUAUUUUGGUCCCUUAUUCAGAAGGACCUUUGCGAUCAAUGAGCCACAUCUUUGUUUUGUCGGCAAUGUCGACAGAAGCUGCUUCAUUCAACAGAUAAUGGAGUACCAGGCUUUGAUUAUCGCUAGUUACAUAAAAGGUGAAUUGAAACUCCCCGGCAAGGAAGCGAUGCUACUGGAGCUUGAAAACGAGCUGCAAGAGUUGCAGGGGGAUUUGAAGCGUAAUUUUUUCAAGCCAGGUUGUGCAUGUUUAGAAGACAACAAGAUUAUUGAAGGAUUCUUUGAGUUGCUUCCUGCUCUGAAGAAAGAUGAGAAAUUCGUUGAAAAUCUCAAUUCAGUUGGAAAAAGAAUCGCUGAAUAUUUUAUGAAAGGUGAUCUUCUCACAUACAGGAAAACUAUCUUCAGAGAAUGCAUUCCGGACAUUCAGUGAAAUUGAAUCUAAAAUCAAACUACAGUUUUUACGGAUAAAUUCAAUUAAAACCUGUUUAAAAUAAUCAUCUAUGUAAUCAACCCGCGUCAAUAAUCUAUGUUAUUUGAAAAUGUUUUCGUCAUUAUUUGUUGAAUUCGCAAGGGUUGGAGUCGUAGAAGGAAUCACAAUGUCUAUUCCAGUUUGAUCCUAUAAUUUGAUAUAAAACAUUUAAAAAUAUUUACAAGUUGAUUAAUAUUGCGAAAUCCCCGCGACCAACGGUUGAACUCUCAUUAACAAGACUCAAGUCAUAAUCACUUUCAAUUACAAAUCGCUUGUUGCGUGAUUAAGCAUGAUCGGUUAGUUACAAAACAAUAAGGAUGAUUAAUUGUUAUUUUUUCAACAUUACUUGAAAACACAUCCAUGUUGGCACGCAUCGUUUUUAUAGCAACUAGAAGAAAGUUUGCAGAUGAUUUUUAAUAAUGAAUCGACUGUAAUUCAUAAGGAACACCCUAAGUAUUGAAAACCGAUCACAUGGAUCAUAAAAAACCAGCAAGAGCUUGUUCAAACCGAUAUUUAAAGUGCAUCUUCUACACAACACGAUGAUUCAGACAUCCUCAAAACCUUAUUGCUCCUUACUGGAAAGCAUUCUAUAACUGACAUCAUGACCUUCUUUAAUUCCUUUCAAUAUGCGUAUCUAACAUGCAAUUAAUUGUACUGCGUUACAUUAAUCUUUUGUAUAUUUAUAUAUUACUUCUCAAGUUCAAGCAGAUUCUUUUUUAAUACAUUAACACGUCAUAGGGGCACAUGACUUUCAAAGCUAUUUGAGUUUUUCAUGUACCACAUUCUAAUUGGUUUUUUGUUUUAUCAAUGUAUUGCUAAUCUAUUAAU